UACAUUUGUUCUCUAAUCCCAGGGACUCCUUACUCUUCAGCACAGUAUACCCCAGGUGGGCUUUUGUUUAAGAUGAAUGACAGUAAUAUGCAGUAUGUUACAUCCACCUCUUUCCUGCUGGUCACUUACGCUAAGUACUUGACCUCUUCCCACAUGGUGGUUAAUUGUGGUGGAACCACUGUCACGCCAAAGAAGCUUAGGGCACUUGCCAAAAGACAGGUGGACUAUUUGCUUGGAGAUAAUCCCAUUAAAAUGUCGUUCAUGGUGGGCUAUGGUGCAAGGUAUCCACUGAGGAUCCACCACAGGGGAUCAUCUCUCCCUUCCAUAGCUAAACAUCCAGCAAAAAUCCAGUGCUCUGCAGGGUUCGGUGUAAUGAAUUCCCAGUCUCCCAAUCCCAACAUCCUGAUGGGGGCCAUAGUCGGCGGGCCCGAUCAACACGAUCGCUUUCCUGAUCAACGGUCUGAUUAUGAGCAAUCGGAACCAGCGACUUAUAUUAAUGCACCUCUUGUUGGAUCCUUGGCAUAUCUUGCUCACUCAUUUGGCCAACUCUAAGAAAUUAUCAAAUUUCUUUUAGAUUUCCUUUUUCAGUUGGCUUUUUAUUUCUCUGUUUAUUGUUGACUAGUACUGAUUGUGAUUCUUAAGUUUUUGUGUUGUCGUCGAUAAUGGGACAGUUUGUUGGAGACGAGUCGGGUGGCCGAGACUAAAGAGUUUUCGAGCCAUGAGACUAUGUGCACAGUUGUUAAGGUUGCACAGUCUAAGAUGUGUACCUUAUUAUUUAAGGAUAUGUUAUAUUUAAUAUCGUCAUGGCUGAUUGUGACUUUAUAUAUUAAAUGAUAGGCUCGAAAGUUUUAUAUUAA